AGCAGCUCCCACAAAGUUUGCAACUACUAGGUACCAAAUGGGCAGUUUUCGAGUGCACUAUAUCGCUUACACGCGGUGAAGUAGUUCUUCCCCAAACGUCACGCCGAUAAGUUGGUUACAAAACGGCUAAAGUGUGCCAAAAUCGGUAAAGUUCGCUGCAGGAAAUAUCCGAAACUAAGAUCACAUCCCAUCGCAAGGCUCGAAAAUGCCGUCCCAUCAAACUUUCAUCGUGCUGACCUACGUUAUCGCGGUCCUGAGCAUUCUCGGAUCGCUCAAUACUAUCGUUGCCGGCAUCAUCGGAGCCCAAAAUCUCAACAGUACAGAAUAUCGCGUUUCGGCAAUUGUCAAUGGAUUGGGAGCUCUAUUUUUCGCAGGAAUGCUGCUGUUAGGAUUGUAUAAGCGACGUGCGGAACUAAUCAGAGUUUACAUUCUCUACAUGAAAAUUCACUACGCCAUAAUAGUGGUGCUCUGCAUUGUCAUCGAUAUAGCAGCGAUCGUUAUGACCAGCCAAAAGGCGGAUAUGGAUAAUCGUGCCAGCGCAAUAGCCAUUGUCGUAGUUGUCUCUCUCGUAGUUCUUGCGUUUAUCACAGCUUUCUUUUUGCUCUUCAUGUGGAUAAUCAAAGGUGCACUCAAGGCUGUCGAAAGUUUAAACUCGGUGAGGAUGCCAGCAUAAAACGAGACCGCUUGACUAAACAUGUCGGUCCAUGAAAAUACCUUAUAUGACUAAGAAAUGAUAAAAGCUGUGAAAUAAGUUUAUCAAACUAUCGAAAUACAAAGGUGAAAAAUCGGA